CUGUCAUCUAUACAUCCCUCUGAGGGCCUGAGGAAGACUUUCCAAAACAAACAACUGUCAAAUUUGUUUUUUAUAUUUAGGUUCAGUUUAUUUUAUUCAUAAGAAAAUAUAAACAAAGUCUUUUUUUCGAAAACUAGUGCGUGUGUGUUAACAAUACAAAAAUGGGGAAACGUCAGCACCAAAAGGAUAAAAUGUACUUAACCUAUACAGAAUGGACAACUCUGUACGGUGGUAAAAAAGCGGGUCCAGAAUUAGAAGGAGAAGAUUCAACAUUCAGACGAUUACCGUUUAAUCAUUGUUGUUUAAGUUUGCAACCAUUUGAGCAUCCUUAUUGCGACGUGAACGGAAAUAUUUUCGAAUUAGAGGCUCUUUUACCUUACGUGAAACAAUACAAACAUAAUCCCGUCACUGGAAAGACAAUCGAUGUGAAGUCUUUAACCAAAUUGAAUUUUCACAAAAACGCUGAAGGUCAAUAUCACUGUCCAGUAUUGUUUAAGGUCUUCUCCAAACAUUCUCAUAUUGUUGCUGUUCGCAAUACUGGAAAUGUUUUUUCCCACGAGGCAGUGGAGCAAUUAAAUAUAAAGACGAAAAAUUGGAAAGAUUUAAUUACUGACGAGCCAUUUGUGAGAAAAGAUCUCAUCACUAUUCAAGAUCCGACUAAUGUAAAAAAGUUUAAUCUCUCCACUUUUCAUCAUAUUAAAAAUAAUUUAAGAGUUGAAGACGAAGAAACAAUUAGAGAAAGAAAUGAUCCGAGCGCAAAACUUAAAACUGUUUCGAAUGAAACUAAAGUUAUUUUGGCACAACUCGAAAAGGAUUAUAAAGAUAAGGCAAAAACGAAUGAAGGUUCAAAAUCAUCUGUUACCGCAAUGCCUGACAAAUUCAAUGCUGCACAUUAUUCCACUGGAGCUGUUGCUGCUGGAUUUACAUCGACCGUUAUGCCAACAACAACUGUUCUUCAAGCAGCAAUUAUUGAGGAAGAUCAAGUGCGAUAUGAACGAGUUAAGAAAAAAGGUUACGUGAGACUGGUUACGAAUUUUGGUUCUUUAAAUUUGGAAUUAAAUUGUGAUCUUGUUUCAAAAACGUGUGAAAAUUUUAUUAAACAUUGUCAUAAUGGUUAUUAUAAUGGAACAAAAUUUCACAGAUCGAUACGUAAUUAUAUGCUCCAAGGCGGUGAUCCAACAAAUACAGGAAAUGGAGGAACAUCCAUUUGGGGAAAACCAUUUGAAGACGAAUUUAAACAAAAUCUUGUACAUCAAGGAAGGGGAAUUCUUUCAAUGGCAAAUUCUGGAACUCCAGGAACGAACGGAUCUCAAUUUUUUAUCACAUAUCGCUCGUGUCGUGAUUUGGAUAAUAAACACACUGUUUUUGGAAAAAUAGUCGGCGGUUUGGAUUGUUUGAAUGCUAUCGAAAAAAUUGAAGUCGACAAUAAAGAUAGACCGAUUGAGGACAUUAUCUUGAUAGUUGCCCAAGUUUUCGUUGAUCCUUACGAAGAAGCCGAUGAACUUUUAGCUAAAGAACGUCGUCAGGCUCUCGAGGAGGCUGAGAAAUUAGCUAAGGAAGCCAAAAGAAAAAGCAAUUCAAAAGCUGAUGGCACUCUAAAGGUUUAUAAAGCAGGAGUUGGAAAGUACAUCAAUACUGAGGAGAAAAAGAAAAAAUUGGAGGAAGGAGAAACGAGUGGACUUUCUUUGAAUCGAAAGAAAAAGAGAAUUGUACAGAAUGUAGAAGAAUUUUCUUCUUGGUGAUUUGAAUUAAUAAAUAUAGAUUUAAUUAAUUAAAA